AGGGGUGUGGGUGAAAAUUUAAUGGAGGUGCGGCACUUCAUGGUAGGUAACAGCACAGAUAGAAACCCAAAGUGUUCAGCAGCGUGUAUUGCAGGUGUUGUUAAGUGGCCCGGUGGCGACCUGACGCCAGCGCGGAACAAACAUGACGCAAAAUAUACGGAAAUCCGCGGCACUCGUCGACAUGUAAAUAGAUAAUUUUAUUAUUUCGCGUAGGAUAUCAUUAUUGUUAUCUUCCUUCUACUUCAGAAACAGCACGACCUACUUAUACGUUUAUAAUUAUAAUUAAUGAGAAGGUCGGGACAUUUUGCUCUAUCUUAUGGUAAUUACAUUGCUUCGUCCUUGUUUGUGUAAUAAAUAAUUUUAUACAUUUACAAAAACAUUUCAAUUUAAAAUUGGAAAAGAAGUAACGGAACACUUGUGAAUGGUUCAUCAUGACAAUGUCGACCACCUAAUACUUUAUAUUACACGGUGCGCAUGCGCAACACACUACGACCAAAACUAUACAACAAUUCCACAAUUAUCAGAGUACGAAACCGCUGAGAUGGGCAGUAAUUACUUAUAUCAAUGUCAAAUGAAAAAGUCGACGUGCCUACACGAAUACAUCAAUCGGCAAAUCAGAAUUAUGGUAUAAUAGCAGACGACGACUUCCUGAGUGAUCAAAACGCGAGCGAGACGCGAACCGGUCACAUCGGCAGAGGCGAUCUCUGCGGCCGACACGCACAAAAAGCAGCGCGCGCGUAGUGCAGGCGAUGGCGCAGUGCGCGGCGGUCACCCUGUUGGGCGUGCUGGGAGUACUGGGCGUGCUGGGUGCGGUGGGCGCCAAAGGCGCGGAGGGCGGGAGCGGCGAAGCGCCGGAUCUGGCGCAGCUGCUGCCGCCGCUGCUAGGGGCCAGCUUAGAAGAGCUCGUGCGCGUCGCCUCUAACUCCUGCGACGCCCUGCCGCUCGACGCCCUGUACUCGCAGACGCACGUGCCCGACGUCCAGCUGAUAGAGUACGGGCGCGACUCGCAGCUAGCCUACCCACUGUCGGAGGCGCACGAACGGCUGCGGGCGCGCCUUCCCGCCGCGCUCGCCGCAUCCGCCCUAACACUCUACGUGCCCGGCUGGUGGAACACGCCGCACGACGACUCCAGUGCUGCCAUAGUUUCCGCGUUGCUGGACCGCCACGCAACCGUGCUGCUCCUAGACACGCGCCCCGUCUUCUGUAAGGGGUACAUCGCCUCCGCGGCCGGAGUCGGCGGUCUCGCGCACCGCCUCUACAAGUUCAUCAAGAGCCUGCAGACUGAAGGUUGGCCGCUGUCCUCGGUGCGGCUCGUUGGCUUCAGUCUUGGUGCGCACGUGGCCGGUGUCACCGGCAAGCUGGUUCGCAAGCACCUGCACCGCCGGCUGGAUCGCAUCGUGGCACUGGACCCCGCGCGGCCGUGCUUCGCGCGCCCCUCGCGUUGGCGGCUGGCGAGCGGCGACGCGCGAUUCGUGCAGGUGGUGCACACGAGCGCCGGCGUACUCGGCCUCGCGGAGCCGCUUGGGCACGCAGAUGUGUAUGCUAACGGCGUACUCGCGCCGCAGCCCGAGUGUGAGGAUCGCAGCGCGGCGCUGGCGCUAGGCUGUGAUCAUGCGCAGGCGUGGCGGCUGUACGCUGCCUCGGUAUCGGACUCGCGCAUCCUGAGCGCCAGCCGUUGCGCCGACUGGGCCGAGCUGAGCGCCGGGCGCUGCACCGGCGCCGAGGCUGCGCUGGGAUACUCGUGCAGCGCCGAUACGCGCGGUCUCUACCUCUACAAGUCGCCAGCGCCAGCGCGCAAACAGGAGCCGCAGCUCCGAGUCUUCAAUCCGCUCGACCUCUUCAGCUGGCUACUCCAAAGAUAAUGUUUGUUACGUCACUCGCUGACUCACUUGCAGUUUUUAAAUGGUCCCUAAGGGAGUCUCUUAGUAUAGUUAUAGCAUCAACAAAAGCUGUAGAACGAACAACAAAAAUAGUCGUAGUCCGUGUAGAACAAUUAUUCCGAUAAUUUAAUUACCAAAUAAAGGCAUCGUGUCACGGAUUGGCCAAAUGUUUCCGGAGUGUUUUAUAGAAAACGUCUCUCUUAGCUACAGUUUAAAUGAUAUUUUAAUCCAACACAUCACUUUAAUUAUUUACUUCUUUACGUAUUUGUGAUUGGCAGAAGUAGGCUUACAUCGUCAUAAUGUGAUUGUACUGCUUCAGCGAUAGCGACAG